UUGCGGUCACGUGUCUACAAACAAUUAAAACAGGAAGCGACACUGUAGCAUCAAGGAACCAACAAUAAAAUAGACAACAAUGAGAUUAUAUAGAUAGCUUCAGGCUUACUUCAGUUGUAAAGAAGCAUCCAAGCUCUCGGGAAAGAUACACUCUUUCGGCCAUUGAAGAGAACAAGGGCCCUGCGGUGGAGGUUUUGUUAACAGGCUAACUUGAGUCGAAGUCGGACCAAGCCCCAAAAUGACUGCAUCUGUGUUCUUCGGGUGUACAUUCAUCGCUUUCGGCCCUGCCAUUGCACUGUUCUUGUUUACUAUUGCCAGGGACCCACUCCGAGUGAUAUUUCUUAUCGCUGGAGCGUUCUUCUGGUUGUGUUCUCUGCUGCUGUCUUCACUAGUGUGGUUCAUCACAGUUCAGAUCAGUAACAAAGAGAGUUCCUCCCAGCAGAAAGGACUGCUCAUAUUCGGGGUGGUUCUCUCUGUGCUGCUGCAGGAGACUUUCCGCUUUGGCUACUACAAGCUGCUAAAGAAGGCAAACGAAGGCUUGCUCAUGUUGAGUGCAGAGGAAACGAUGCCGAUCUCCAUACGGCAACUAGCCUAUGUGUCUGGACUGGGGUUCGGCUUCAUGAGUGGAGCGUUCUCAAUGGUCAAUAUCCUGGCCGAUUCUGUUGGCCCCGGCACCAUUGGUAUCCAUGGAGACUCCCAACACUACUUCCUGUCCUCAGCCUUCAUGACCAUGGCCAUCAUCCUGCUCCACAUGUUCUGGGGGGUGGUGUUCUUUGAUUCCUGUGAGAAACAACACUGGUGGUCUCUGGCUGUGGUCGUCAUCAGCCACCUCCUCGUCUCCUGUCUGACAUUCCAGAACCCUCAGUACGUGGGCAGCCUGGUUCCCACCUAUAUCAUCGUGUUCCUCGUGGGUCUCUGGGCGUUCUUCUGCGCCGGGGGAUCUCUCCGGAACCUUAAACUCUGCCUUACCUGCAAAGACAAGGACUUCCUGUUGGCCAACCACCGGCCCAGAUAACAGAACACCACUAAAGACACACACACUGUAUGGGGACGCUAUCCUACAGGACACACACCACACAAACAAAUAAAUAAAUUAAAGAUAAACUGGGUCAAUGAUAUGUCUCUCCCCUCCCCCCUAUGUGUUCUGUGUAUCAUUGUUUCAGUGGUGCUGGGGACUGGAAAUAGGCUCCAGGGAUUUAGUCCACAGAGUAAAUAUUGUUUAAACACCUUUUUAUUUUGUGAGCAGCAUUUCCAGAUGUAUUACAGUGCAUUAGUAAUAGAAUAACCUAGAGGAUCCUUUUGUUACCACUUCAUCCCUGGCUGACACUGCACGGAAUGGUUGAUAAACUGUUUACAACUGGGGGGGAUGGUGACAAACACAUUUUAUCAGUGUGUAGUUUUAAAAUGUAGGGUAUGUAGUUCCUUAAUGAGAUGGUACCUAUUUGACACCAGAUGGGUCUCUCUUUCUCUCUGGAUCUGUGCCUUCUACAGUAAUGAUGAGGUAGCUAGUGUUUUGGCCCUGUAUUCAUAAAGCAUCUGAGUAGAAGCGCUGAUCUAGGAUCAGACCCCCCCAUGUCCAUGUAAUCUUAUUCAUUAUAAUCUAGGAUCAGACCCCCCCCCCAUGUCCAUGUAAUCUUAUUCAUUAUAAUCUAGGAUCAGAUCCCACCCCAUGUCCAUGUAAUCUUAUUCAUUAUAAUCUAGGAUCAGACCCCCCCCCAUGUCCAUGUACUCUUAUUCAUUAUAAUCUAGGAUCAGAUCCCCCCCCAUGUCCAUGUACUCUUAUUCAUUAUAAUCUAGGAUCAGACCCCCCCCCAUGUCCAUGUAAUCUUAUUCAUUAUAAUCUAGGAUCAGACCCCCCCAUGUCCAUGUACUCUUAUUCAUUAUAAUCUAGGAUCAGACCCCCCCCAUGUCCAUGUAAUCUUAUUCAUUAUAAUCUAGGAUCAGACCCCCCCCCAUGUCCAUGUACUCUUAUUCAUUAUAAUCUAGGAUCAGAUCCCCCCCAUGUCCAUGUAAUCUUAUUCAUUAUAAUCUAGGAUCAGACCCCCCCAUGUCCAUGUACUCUUAUUCAUUAUAAUCUAGGAUCAGAUCCCCCCCAUGUCCAUGUAAUUUUAUUAUAAUCUAGGAUCAGACCCCCCCAUGUCCAUGUAAUCUUAUUCAUUAUAAUCUAGGAUCAGACCCCCCCCAUGUCCAUGUAAUCUUAUUCAUUAUAAUCUAGGAUCAGAUCUCCCCCCAUGUCCAUGUAAUGUUAUUCAUUAUAAUCUAGGAUCAGAUCUCCCCCAUGUCCAUGUAAUCUUAUUCAUUAUAAUCUAGGAUCAGAUCGAUUUCUUCCCCCCCCCAUGUCCAUGGUUCUGAUCUGAAAGGCAAAACUGAUCCCACUGUAGAUCGCAGGUCUACUAUGAGAUGCUUUAUAAAUAUACGGCCCUGGAUUGUCUUUGUAAAUGGACCUUUAGUGUUUAAUCUAUAUCAGACCUGUGAUGUUUUUUUAUCACGUUCAUGUUUCUGUCUCCUGCUGUGUUAGUUGACAGUCUGGCAGGCAGCUGUAUUGUUCUCCUGUUUUAGAAAGGUUGGUACAACAGUGUUUGCAUAUCAACAACUUACUUUUCACUAAAUUACCAAACAAAAGCAAAUCCCUUUGGAGAACGGAAGCAGCAUAUUAGGAUAACAUUGGGUUAGGAUAAAUAAAGUCAUGAGCUGUUUCAAAAGGAAGUUCUGAUUCAAACUGAAAAUAUGUAAAAUGUGGUGUGUUUGUUUUGAUAGUCCAGAUGAAUAUAUUUGGCCUAAACCUGAUGAAUAUAAAUAUUGACCUGAUGAUGAUAAUACUGUUUUUAUAUGAAUGAUGUGCUUUACAUACUGAUUAGUGCUGCUAAGCUUUGCUUCAGCUAAAUGUUUUGUUUUUAUAAUCAUCACACUGACCUCAAGGGUUGGUCUGAACUAUUUGGCUUUAGGACGGGUUUUAUGGGUUGGACGUACAGGGGGAGGUUUCCCAGACCCAGAUGAAACUUAUUCCUGGACUGAAAAGCACUUUUAACUAAAAAAAUUCUCAACUGAGAAUGCUUUUUAGAAGUGGCUUAACCUUUUGUCUGAGUAAACCGACCCAAACUGUAGCACCCUUUUUAGUCCUGACUUCCAUUUUAGUUAAAUAUUCCCAUUGACAUCAAUGCAAACUGAUGACUAAGUGAAAAUUGGAAAAUGCGGAUUCUCCCUUUUAAAAGAGGACAUGCCCUUGAGGAACAAAUGAUUGAAUAUAUACAUGUACCACGUUGUUGUUGAUGAAUUAGCUGAUUUUUCUAGGCAGUGAGUAAGACCUGUGGAAACCAACUCCUAUAGAGAGCUCAACGGAAGUUAGUUUAGACUAGGCUGAAAUAAUUUAGUGUCAAAAUUAACUUAGUCACCUCACUUGUCAUGGUUUUUAAUGUUUUUCUCUGACCUGUGUCGUGUAUGGAGCUGUACAGCUUUAACAUAAUAGUCGAGAACUCCCAGCCAAUAGUAUCAGCCUCUCAGGGUUGAAGGUCACUGAUAUGCAAAUGAGCUGUAUGUUCCUGUUUUGACGUGUGCCUGCGUGCACCCUGUUAUUUCCCCAUGCUUCUGUAUUGAUAUAAAGUUAAAAGUAGUAGCACUUCAUUCUCCAUUGUCAAGUUAAUUCUACCAUGCCAUCAAGAGCACAACAAUCUGUAUGUACAUAGGUGAUGACAAACUGUUCCCUCUGAUUUUUUUGAAAUGUGUAUAUAAUAUUGUUUCUAAAUGACUAUUUAACCUUCUAUGAUGUUACAUCUUCUAGGUUCCAUUGUACAUAGGAAAAUAAAACGGUUAAACAAAA